UAGAUGACGCGAUUUUGUCAGUUGUCGUGGAUACUCGGUUAUUAGCUGAAUGCUAGGCGGGUAAACUAGUUCUGGACUCGAUCGUUGAGAGGACAGACCUGGAGGAAACGGGCUAGCUCGGCACCAUGACCCAACAAGGGGCUGCCCUUCAGACUUACAACAACGAGCUUGUGAAGUGCAUCGAGGAGCUCUGUUCCAAGCGAGAGGAGCUGAACCGGCAGGUGCAGAAGGAGGAGGAGGAGAAGGCACGGCUACAGCACGACAUCCGCGUGCUGACGGAGAAGCUGAGCCGCGUCAACGAGAGCCUGGCCCGGCGCCUGGCCGCCCGCGCCGACUUCGACCGCACCAUCGCCGAGACAGAGGCCGCCUACAUGAAGAUCCUGGAGAGCUCCCAGACGCUCCUCACCGUGUUGAAGAAGGAGACGGGAAAUCUCAGCAGGAUAACCGAUGCCCGGGGGGGGCACAAGGACCACUGACAAUCAGCCCCCCUUACUUAUGUAUCGACUGCCUUGAACUUAAUAUAUUUGUAUGUAUGAUGUUGUCUUAUGAUCCUUUGAUACGUGUUUUAAUAAAGCUUUGUUCUAUUAUG